GUUUCCUAUGAUACUUCCCUUCUCACUAACAUACUUUGCAAACCUGUCUCCAGCUCUUAAUAAUUAAAUUCACAACUUGGGUUUUUUUUUUUUUAAUUUAUUUAUUUUGUUUUCGUUGAGACUAUAUAAAAGUUCUAAACCUUUCAAACUUCUACAUCAAACAAAAUUUAUAUCCAUCUUUCAUUCUCAAUUCAAACACUCUUCCCUAUUGUUUUCAAAAAGCGAAAAAAAGAAAAAUGGUGUCAACCUCCUGUAGGAAUAAUAUUUUGAAAGUGUUUGCGCUUUCUAUGUUUUUGGUAUUCAGUUCUUUACUUGUUGUUGCUUCUGCUGAUUUCUACCAAGACUUUGAUAUCACUUGGGGUGAUGGCCGUGGUAAGAUACUCGAAGGAGGCCAAUUGCUUACACUUUCACUUGACAAAGCUUCUGGUUCUGGUUUCCAAUCCAAACACGAGUACCUCUUCGGUAGAAUCGACAUGGAAAUCAAGCUUGUUGCUGGAAACUCAGCUGGCACUGUCACUGCAUAUUAUUUAUCUUCUCAAGGACCAACCCACGAUGAGAUCGAUUUCGAGUUCUUAGGAAACUUGUCCGGAGAUCCAUAUACACUCCAUACCAAUGUUUUCAGUCAAGGAAAAGGUAACAGAGAACAGCAAUUUCACCUCUGGUUUGAUCCUACAAAGGCCUUCCACACCUACUCUCUUGUCUGGAAUCCUCGACGUAUAAUAUUCUUGGUGGAUAACAUUCCUAUAAGAGUGUUCAACAACUUGGAAUCCCAUGGAGUUUCAUUUCCAGGCAACCAACCAAUGAGGAUUUACUCAAGUUUAUGGAAUGCAGACGACUGGGCAACCAGAGGUGGAUUGGUGAAAACUGAUUGGACAAAAGCUCCUUUCACAGCCUCUUACAGAAACUUCAAGGCCAGUGCUUGUAUUUGGUCACCUAAUUCUUCAUCAUCCUCUUGUUCCUCCAAGUCUACAGCUUCAGUGCAGGAUGGGAAUUCAUGGAUGAAUCAAGAACUGGAUGCUCCUGGAAGGAAUAGAAUCAGAUGGGUGCAGAGCAAUUUCAUGGUUUAUAACUACUGCACUGAUUUCAAAAGGUUUCCUCAAGGUCUUCCUCUUGAAUGCAGAAGAUCAAGGUUUCUUUAAAAGAAAAGACAGCAUAAAAAGUAGUUUUUUGGGUGCAUUUUGUUAAGAGUUGUUGAAAUUCUUUGUUCUUUAUAUAGAUAGAUAAAUGUGAUUUGAAAUUUGAUCGAUUCUUUAUUCAUUAUGCAAAUAUUGUGUCAAUUGUAAUCUCAAAUAAAUAAAUCUCGUCUUCAUUCUCA